AUGCCGCACGUGCGAUCGUUCGUGCGAUUCCUGAAGCAGUCGCACAGGCAGCUGCUGGCGACACUCGACAUCCCGAGCCGCGCGAUUUACCAGAGGUGUGUGGCUGGUAGUGAAUUUGCUCGUAAAGGAGCGAAUCCCAAGCCCUCUUCUCCCUUCCCCGUGCAGCUUCACUUGCGAAUCUUCCGUUCCGCGUGCUCCCCCUCCCCCUCGCCUUUACUAUUUACCGAUUCCUCCAUUUCCCCUCGUCUGCAUCUUCCGCAUUCCCUUUUGCCCCCCUUCCCCAAUUUUGCCCCUCUGCAUUCCCCGUUUGCCUCCUUUUCCCCGCCCCCUCCCCCACAACCCUCUCCCCUCCCUUACCUCUUCCGCUUUCCCCGUUUGCCUCCUCUCCCCGCGCCUCUUGCGCCGUUCCGCCGCUCGCUCGGCCCGCGCAGUUACACCUACACUUCCAACGGCUUUGCCGCCUCGCUGACGUCAGCGGAGGCGAGGAGAUUAAAGCUUCACCCGGCUGUAGCGGCGGUGGAGGAAGACGAAUAUCUACCCGCGCUAACUAGUAGCACCCAUCUCCGCGACCCGGAUACUUUUCCCCGGCUGCCCGAGGCCGAGAAGGGCGGGCAGGUGGGCGGGCAGGCGGGCAGCGUGAGGAGGAGAAAGCUGAUGACUGAUUCGCCAGGGUUUCUUCGGCUGCCCGGGUCCCUGUGGGCGGCGAACGGCGGGCAGGAUAAUGCGGGGGAGGGGGUGAUUGUGGGAGUGAUUGACACCGGCGUGUGGCCGGAACACCCAUCAUUCGCUAAUACAGUAACCAUCCAACCCCUACGGCCUUAUCCCCCGCCGGUGGUGCGGAAAAAGCCAGGCGACUCGGGACUUCCCCGGGUCGCUGUGCCCAUCGGCGCGCAGUACUCAAGUCGCCCGACUUUUCCGUCUUCCCCUUCCUUUCUGCCUCUCUCCUUCCUCCAGCCAUCCAACCCGUACGGCCCUGUCCAACGCAGGUGGCGGGGGAAAUGCCAGGCGAAUCGGGACUUCCCCCAGUCGCUCUGCUCGCGCAAGCUCAUCGGCGCGCGGUUCUUCGCGGCGGGCGUGCGCAAGUCGUCGGCGGGAGUAAACAAGGAGAAGGACUUUCUGUCGCCGCGCGACGGGGAUGGCCACGGCACGUGGUGUGCCAGCCCAGCAGCAGGCAACGCCAACGUGCCUCUCACCCUCUCCCCGACACGCACCCUAGGCACCAUCUCGGGAGUGGCUCCCCGCGCUCGCCUCGCCACCUACAAAGCGCUCUGGGUCACCCCGGGCGGGGAGGCGGGCUCAGCAGGCAACGCCAACGUGCCUCUCACUCUCUCGCCCACCAGAACCCUCGGCACCAUCUCAGGAGUGGCGCCCCGAGCGCGCCUCGCCACCUACAAGGCGCUCUGGGUCACGCCCGGGGGGGAGGCGGGCGCGUUCCAGUCAGGCAUCCGCGCAGCCCGCAGCAGUAGGCAACGCCAACGUCCCUCUCAUCCUCCCUGCAUCCAGAACGCUAGGCACCAUCUCAGGAGUGGCGCCCCCGCAGCAGCAGGCAACGCCAACGUGCCUCUCACUCCCUCGCCCACCAGAACCCUCGGCACCAUCUCAGGAGUGGCGCCCCGAGCGCGCCUCGCCACCUACAAGGCGCUCUGGGUCACCCCCGGGGGGGAGGCGGGCGCGUUUCAGUCAGACAUCCGCGCAGCCGUUGAUGCGGCCGUAUCCGACGGUGUGGAUGUGCUCUCGUGCUCGUUUGGCGGCGCCAUUUCGCGGUAUUUCAACGACCUGCCGUACCUGCAAGCGCUCAAGGCGGGGGUGUUGAUAGCCUUUGCAGCGGGCAACAGCGGUGCCUCUCACACCACGCCCUCUCACAGACAGAUACUUCUGGGCUUGCUGCUGCUUGCCAAGGCGGGCGUGUUCAUCGCCUUUGCAGCGGGCAACAGCGGCGCCCCCUCUAAGGGGCAAAUGCUCGGCACUCUCAGCAACACGGCGUCGUUCUACCUCACUGUGGGGGCCAGCACCAUCGGUCGUGAGUAUCAGGCCAACCUCACCCUGGGCAACGGAGUGCACCUCACAGGGCUGGCCGCUGGGCUUUCACCAAUUUACCCCUCCCCCACGCUCCCCCCUGCUCCCCCACCUUUUACCCCCCACCAGCACCAAUCGCACUCUGGGCAACGGAGUGCAGCAGCUCGCGGGGCUGGGCUUUCACCAAUCGCCCACUCAAUCUUUCCCAUCUCCCCCACCCUAUCCCCUGCUCUCCACACUAUCCCUACCCCCACCAGCACCAUCGGCCGUGAGUAUCAAGCCAACCUCACUCUGGGCAACGGGGUGCAGCUCACGGGUCUGGGCUUGCAUCAAUUCCCCUCUUGCUUUCUUUACACCCCUUCCCCCACACGCCCCCCCACCAGCACCAUCGGGCGUGAGUAUCAGGCGAAUCUCACCCUGGGCAACGGGGUGCAGCUCGCAGGGCUGGGGUUUCAUCAAUCCCCCUCCUGCUUUCUUUCCCCCCUCCCGCACGUCCCCCCUCUCCCAUGUCACCAGCACCAUCGGUCCACCAUCGGUCGUGAGUAUCAGACCAACCUAACCCUGGGGAACGGAGUGCAGCUCACGGGGCUGGGGUUUGGCAGCGCAGGCAACGCACAGGACCUGCCUCUCCUGCUCUCCUCCGCUGCCGUUCACCCGCUGGGGACGCUAAGCCUGGUGCGUGGCUUUGGCAGCGCAGGCAACGCGCGGGACCUGCCUCUCCUGCUCUCCUCGGCUGCAGUGCACCCCCUGGGAACACUCAGCCUGGUGCGUGCUGGCAUGCUUGGUACAGGUAGGCGGGCGGAUGUUGGAUUGACACUUGAAGGAGAUGGGCAACGGCACAGGCAACGCGCGGGACCUGCCUCUCCUGCUCUCUGCUUUACAAUCAUUGGGGACUCUGCGCCUGGUGUGUGGUGGGAGGGAGAGGGGAAUGUGUGUGGUGGGAUGGCUGGUGGGUGCAUAGCAGAAAGCUAUGCUGGCGCGAGAGUGUUUCGCCUCAAGCCUGGACAAGUCUAA